AUGUAUUUUUCAUCCCUGAACCACGUUCACAGCGAAGUUCCCCCGACUGGUUCAUUUAAAAAUAAACCGCAAAUCGAUGUUUAUAUAAAAUCACACAAGAACAUCAAAUUUUCAUUUGCGGAAGACGAGAUCACCUUUCAGCAAGGGAAUCUCGGUAAAUCAGAUACAUUUCUUACGGGCGCAGUUCAUCUAAACUACCCGAGAGCGUGUGUAGUGAAAAAUGUUCACCUUCAUCUUAAAGGAAUUGAAAAAACUUUCUGGUAUAAAACUCAAGCAAGGUUAAAGGUCCUCUACACGGGAGAACAUACGUUGGUCGACCAAUUAAAUAAGAUAUGGGAAGCAUCUGAAAAUGCUGAAGAAAUCACUGCGCUAGAUAUACCCUUUAAAAUACAAAUUCCUUAUAACCUCCAAGAAACGAUAAUCACGGAAAUAGGAACUGUUCAAUAUACACUUCGAGUCACCGUCAGUACAAAAGGAUUAUUUGGGACGGGUACACAUUUUGCAAAAUUAUAUUGCCCCCUGAAACGUACCUUAACUUUAGAUCAUGCAUUACUGUUACCAUGUAGGAUGCACGGGAAGUCACCAAACGGAAUCGAAUACACUUUUAUGUUGCCACCAAAUAAGAUUUUCGGUCUUGGAGAUUACGUUUCAAUCCCGAUGACAUUGAGAUUCUUACGUCCCAGUAUCGGAAUUGAAAAGUUGGAAGUGGUGUUGAAAGCCCUAAUGGAAUUCUCAUGUUCAACACAGAAUGAAAAAACUCGUGUCGAAAAACAGCUAGUCGAUAUUAUAAUCCCAGAUACUGAAUUGCAAUACGUACAAUCAAAUUACCUGGAAGAAUGCUCUCACAUUAUAGAAAUAUUCAUUCCGCACAUUACACAACCAACUUGUCAAGGAAGAUUUAUUAACAUCUCGCAUCAAUUGUGCAUAAAAUUUUGUCUCUGGAGAUCGAACACUGAUUUUCUCAUAGAGGAAUUUGUUAGAGUUGCUAAUAUAUCGGAGAAACACAAAGCGCAACGGAGUUCACUUCGAGAUAGUAACGGAUUAUUGAUUAUGUCACGUGAAUCAUUCGAUGAUUCAUCAUCGGAGUAUCGAUACCUUGACAGUGAGUAUAUUGGGGUCCGGCAAUUACCAGCCAAUGGCGGUUGUGCAAGUAAUCAAUUCAAGUCAUCCUCGUCACUAGCGUUAACGUCGAAGGUCUCGGCCUCGUCAUUAUACAAAGACCUGUCGUUAUCAAGUUCAACCGUAUCACUUAAUACUCCAUAUCCGUCGAUACUUUCAUCGACACCAUACUUUCAACGCUGGUAG